GAGGUGAUAAAUAAUGAGCACGGCAACCGCAUCACGCCGUCGUGCGUGGCCUUCGUGGACUCGGAGAAACUCGUCGGUGAAGCCGCCAAAGAGCAGGGCGUAAUCAACCCAGAAAACACUAUUUUUGGUGUGAAGCGACUGAUCGGACGACGCUUUAACGACCCCGUGGUACAUGCAGACAUGGAGCUGUGGCCUUUCACAAUCGUCAACGAGGGCGACAGGCCUAAAAUCCGGGCCCAAUUCAAGGGAGAAUACAAGACCUUCUUUCCUGAAGAAAUCAGCUCUAUGAUACUGUGCGCACUCAAGAGAUCAGCCGAAGCGUACCUACGCCAGCCAGUUCCCAACGCCGUGGUGACUGUGCCAGCAUACUUCAACGACUCCCAGCGUCAGGCCACCAAGGACGCUGGCACCAUCGCAGGCCUCAAAGUACUGCGCAUCAUUAACGAACCGACGGCCGGCGCGCUGGCAUACAGCCUCGACAAAAGUGAAGAGGAGCAAACCGUGCUUAUUUUCGAUUUGGGAGGUGGAACUUUUGACGUCUCCAUCUUGACCAUCGAAGAGGGCAUCUUCGAAGUUCGUGCCACGGCUGGGGACACGCACCUUGGCGGUGAAGACUUCGACGCGCGGCUGGUGGAGUACUGUGCCAGCGAGUUCGCCAGGAAGCACGGACUGGAUUUGCACAGUGACAAAAAAGCCCUUAGGAGGCUGAGGACGGCGUGUGAGCGCGCAAAAUGUACGCUUUCAUCAUUGACAAAGACUAGCGUAGUAUUAGACGCGCUGCUCGGCAGCCAUGACCUUAACAUAGUAAUCACUCGCUCACGGUUUGAGGAGUUGAACCAGGACCUGUUUACCGAGAUCAAGAACAUCCUGGGAAGAGUGUUGUGCGACGCGGCGAUGCGUAAAGAAGAUAUUGCAGAAGUGGUGCUGAUUGGUGGGUCGACGCGAAUUCCAUACGUUCAGCAGAUGGUGCGGGAGUUCUUCGAUAAAGAACCAAAUAAGACAGUAAACCCGGAUGAAGCCGUCGCUCACGGCGCGGCCAUCCAAGCCGCUAUCCUGGAAGGUGAUCCUUCUACGACCAUCUCUAAUCUAGUUCUAGUCGACGUGACCCCUCUUUCCCUCGGCAUAGAAGUGGUUGGAGGAAUUAUGAGUGUAGUUGUCGCCCGAAACUCGACCAUUCCCACUAAAAACACCAAAAGAUAUAACACUGUUGUUGACAACCAAACUAGUAUCUCGAUCAAUGUAUUUGAAGGCGAAAGACCGAUGGUAGCUGAUAAUUGUCUACUCGGGAAGUUUACUAUGUCUGGAGUGCCACCAUUGCCGGCAAACCAGGCUAAGGUGGACGUAACAUUUGCGAUCGAUGCCAAUGGGAUCCUUCACGUUACGGCUGAGCAAACCAUCACAAAGGAUAAAAACCAGAUAACUAUCACUAGCAGCAAGGGGCGGUUGUCGCAGGAAGAGAUCUUGCGAUUGACACAGGAGGCGGAAAUCAUGAAGCACGAAGAUAAUGCCAAACGAGAGGCGGCCGAGGCCACUGACGAGCUGAAACGCCUCUGCCGGCUCGGACAGCGCGAGGGGAACAGUGCCAUCAAGUAUAAAAGCCAGAAGCUGCUGACGUGGCUGGCUGGUCCUGGCGCCAAAGCGACGAAACGCGAAAUUGUCAUGAAACGGCAAGAGUUGGAUCUGCUCUUCGAUAUAAAAAAAUCUGAGAAUUUAAAUCAAGGAAGACGUAUUUCCCUUGACAUUAGCGAGUUUACCUUAGAGCGGUUUCACAAUGUGAGUAUUAACAGCGUAUGUGCAGUGAUUUAGUCGGAAUGCAAUAAAGGGUUUUACUUGUAUUGUGGUAGUUUUUUAUUAUUAUAAAUAAAA